AUGCAAACAGCCGCCCGCGCCGCGGGCAGACAAUCUCAGCGGCGGUCGUCGGGAGCCCCUUGGUGGAACGAGGAGUGCAUAGCCGCCGUGGCCGAGCUCCGGUGUGUGAGGCGCGCCUUUCCCUUGGGCUUCAACUACGAGGUACAAACCGCCCGCCGCGAACUGAGAGCCGUUGUCCGAAGAGCCAAAAGGACGUACUGGCGCAAUCUCAUCAACGGAGUCCAGGCGGGCAAGGACAUUUUCAAGGUCACGCGCUGGCUGAAAAGCCCGGGCGUGUUCCGCCCUCCACCGCUGCAAGUGGGCGAGACCAUCGUCGAGACUCAGUCUGGCAAGGCCGAAGCUCUGCGACAGGCCACCCUUGAGCGGAGGACGGCCGCCGACGAUAUUUCCGACCCAUGGAUACCCGUGGAUGUUACCACGCACAUUCCAUUCCAAGCAGAUGUACCGAUCGAAGAGGUCCAAGACUCUCUGCUCCGCACAGGCAAUACCUCACCCGGAGCCGACAACAUCACGGUGCGCCUACUUCAGACGGCAUGGCCUGCCAUCGGCAAACACGUCCAGCGCCUGUACCAGGGCUGCCUCACGAUAGGCUAUCACCCUCGGAGAUUCAAGGAAGCAGAAGUCGUCAUGAUCGAGAAGCCCGGCAAACGGGACCUCUCCAAGCCCCGCGCCUGGAGACCGAUAUCUUUGCUGUCCUGCCUCGGCAAAGGGCUUGAGAGGCUCAUUGCUCGCCGGCUCGCCUGGGCCUCGAUCCAUUAUGGCGUACUGCAGCCCCAACAGAUCGGUGCGCUCCCAAAACGGUCAGCAGUAGACCUGGUCGCCGCCCUCAUACACGAUAUCGAAGUAGCUCUAGCCCGCGGUAUGGUCGCUACAUUGGUCACUAUGGACGUACAGGGCGCCUUCGACACCGUCAUGCGCAACAGACUCAUCCUGCGUCUGCGUCAACAAGGCUGGCCACUGAACCUUGUGAAAUGGGCCGCUUCCUUCAUGCAAGCCCGCUCAGCAGCCGUACGGUUCCAGGAUAUCACAACGCCGCCGUCCCCACUCGAAUGUGGCCUGGCCCAAGGAUCUCCCGCGUCUCCCAUUCUCUUCGCUCUGUAUAUCGCGCCAAUUUACCGCCUGGGAAACGAUGUGUAUAAGAGACAGGCCCAAGGAUCUCCCGCGUCUCCCAUUCUCUUCGCUCUGUAUAUCGCGCCAAUUUACCGCCUGGGAAACGCUGGUGGCCGCUUUGGCUCAUCACAUGGGCAUUUCUCCCGCAAGAAGGAUCCCGCCCGGCCGUCAAUAUUCCAAAAUGACACAGAGAUCGUCCCGGCCGACUCGAUGCGCUGGCUGGGCCUCUGGCUUGACCGAAAGCUGUCGUUCAAAACCCACGUCGACGAGUGGACAGCCAAAGCCCGGCGGAUAGCAAACCAUCUGAAGGCUGUGGCCAACACCAGACAAGGGCCUCUCCCCAGCGCCGUCCGAAGAGCCGUCAAGGCUUGUAUCGAACCGACCUUGUUCUACGGAGUAGAAGCAUGGUAUCCCGGUCAAACAGUCCCUAGCACCAGGGGUCCAACCCGCCUUGUGUCCACGCAGAUCAAGCACCUCGUCGAUCGCUUCGACGCGGUUCUGCGACACGCCAUCCGAGCAGCUCUUCCCAUCUGGAAGACCACGCCCGUCCCUGCCCUCCAUCGAGAAGCAGGUAUUCCACCCGCGUCCAUCCUGCUCGAGUCUCAAAGGAUCCGUUUCUCGGCGCGCCUGAAGUCCUUGGACGUACGACACCCUCUUGUGGCGAGGACUUCCCCGAAGCCCGCCCGGGCAUACCACAGCUCGAUCAAACGCAAGUUUCUCGUCGAGCGACGGAGCCAGAAGACCAGACUCGAGCGUACCGACGCACUCCUCCUAAACUGCGCCCGCCCAGUCUUGCUACCGCGGCAAUACUCCGACUCUGAAGCCAGCCCGCUCCAGACCGCAACCAAAGCCGACACUGCCGAGGAAUUUCUCGAAUGGCUCAAAGACGCCGCGGUCGGAAAACUCAUCGUAUACUCUGACGGAUCGCAACUGCCGAGCGGGGCCGUAGGUUAUGGAUUUACGGUCCAGCGGAACGAGCAACCCAUAGCCCACGGCUCUGGCCGACUAGGGCCCGCCGAGGUGUUCGACGCAGAGGCAGUCGGGGCCCUGGAGGGCCUACAAGCCGCCAUAGCUGCUGCCGUCAACACGACGACAAGCAUCGUAGUAUGCAUCGACAACCUUGCAGUGGCCACCUGCUUGCGCGGGAACCCAGCCGACUCGUCGCAGGACGCUUUCACCAAGUUCCAGGACCUGGCGAGAGCACACGGAGACGUCGAGGUCCGCUGGAUCCCAGGACAUGCCGGCAUACCAGGCAAUGAGGAGGCCGACAGCCUCGCCAAAGCUGGAUGCCUGCUGCCUGAGCCGCCCGGAGCCGUACCAUCUCUGGCACACCUGCGCCGACUGGCCAGACAGCAGCCUAGAGAUGCCUUCAAAGCAUGGUGGACGACCGAAGCCCCAGAGUCGUACAAGCCUAUGCACCUCGAGGUGACCACAAGCUGCCCACCAGAACUCAUGCUCCCCAGAGCAACCCUCCACAGUGUCCUCGCGGCGAGAUCUCGCCACGGAGACUUUGCCGACUACCACGAGCGUUUCAAUCAUGACGACGCACGUCUUGACUGCUCAUGCGGACGACGCAAAGCGCCAGAGCACCCAUUCUACUGCAGGAAGAUACCGCCACGGCUCCGGAUGAGGCUUGCCCCCUCACCGGCCGAAGCGAUACACCAUGCAGUAGGCAAGGGCUUCAAAGCCUUCGUCGAGAUGACGUCGGAAAGCUCCUUCUUCCAAAGGAUCUGUCCGCGCCAUUAG